UCUGUUCGGCCACCAAAUACACUGUGCUCCCAUUACAUUUUUUUUUUCUAAAGUGUUUUAUAUUUUGGAUACCACAACAUCAAAUGAAUUUGUUGAAAGAAUAAGUGAGAAUGCUCAAAACGAUCAGAUGAACUGAAUCGAAAUCGUCAAACUGUUGUUCAAGCGCCAAAGAGAAAAAAAAUAAACAGAAAAAUAUCCAAACUGUAACUGUGUUGUGUUCGCUUAAGCUAAGCGUAAAUCAAUUUUUUCAAAAAGUCAACGGAUUAUUUCAUUUGUUAUUAUUACAAUUAUUCUUUAACAUACAUAGCGCGAGAAAAAAAAAACAUUUUUGGUGUGAACAAACCGAUUGAGAAAAGAGAAGAAAAACACAACAACAAUAACAAACUGUGGAUAAAAGUUUAUGUCAUAAAUUGAAUUUUUUCAUAUUUUUCUUUCUUGUGAGUGUGUGUGAAACGUGACGAGAGAUCAAUUGACGAAUAGAGAAAAAUAUCGUCAAAGGAAAAUUCAUUCAACGAAAAAUUAACUUUAUUGGAAACUAAAAAUUAACAAAUGCAAGAGUGGGAACUUUCCCUACCUGUUGUUUGCUGACUGAAAUUUCCCCGGACCGCUCAACCAUUGAUCACAAGCGCAUUGUAUGACGUUCAAUUAAAAUCGAGAGCAUACGCCGAAUUGGAUCAAGAACCCCACAUAUGCGCAAACACAAAAACAUGGAAACAGGUGCAAUCACCGUGUCACACACCAUUGUAUAUGCAAUGCAUAUUCUAUAGAGAAAUCAAUGUAUUCUAAUUAGCAUCUAAUUGGUUGUCUGCAAUCUCGUCGCUCAUCAUAUCGACAGAGUACCAUAAAUUAAAGUUUUUUUAUUUGCUUUUUUAUUUUCGUUGCUUAGAAAUUGCAUGUGCUCGAUUCCAUCGUCGCGAACAACAACAACUAAAUUUGCAUACAUAUAAGAUAAGUUUAGCAAGCGAGUGUGUGACUUUUAGUGUUUCUGCCAACAUCAACAUUGGAUUAUUUUAUUAAUUAAAAAAUUCCAUGUUUCUGUCUAUGCGAUUUUAAAUGCAUACAUGUUGUGUUGAUUCUUCGAUGAACCAGAAACACAUGUUGUUCAAUUUGCAUACAUUUAUUUACACUUUAAUUUUCAAUUGGCGUGAAUCCGAUCGUGCACUCUCAUCAAUACACCUGCAAAAAUUUAAUAACACCAACUGAAGAAGAAGAAGAAGAAGAUAUACAAACAAUAACGCUGAUUCUUUUGGGCCAAUUGUGUUUUAAUUCGAUUACCAACAAACACAAUUGUAUAUUUGAACUCAUAUAUGUAAGCGCGCACAAUUUUAAAAAAGAAGAAGAAGAAGACGCAGAAGCAGAUAAAAACGAUGAUGAAUAGCAUAUGGAAACAAUAGCGUUGGAAACAAUUCAUGGCAUCGUUCACAAAGUAAUCGCUCACCGUGUCCAAAAAUUGCAAUUGUUGAAGCAGGCGCGCACUGGAAAAAUCAAGGCACAGCGAAUUCAAAAUAUAACUUGCAGGUGUUUAAAAGUCGGUUUAAACAUUCAGUACGCUGCAAUAUUCAUGUGCAUAAUAAUAAUAAUGAAGGGGUAAAAUAAACACCGGACAAACUACAAUGUGCCGGAAUCGGUAGUGUAUCUGGUGAAAAAUCAUAACGCUAUAUAUAACAAAACACAACAUUCACGCACAUUCAUUUAAAAAUGACCAACGGAAUUUGCAACUGCGUUAAGUCGAUGUACCAGAAGUUUUAAAGACAAUACCAAAAAAAAACAUCAGUCAGUCAGAGUGAAGAUAAAAAAAGUGUUUUGUUUUUGUUCAAAACAAGAUUAUUUGCGAAAGAAAGGUGUGAGUUAUUCUAUUGUAAGUGUGCGAGCACGUUUGCAAUUGAGAAAGAAAAACGAAGAAGACGAGAUAAAAGAGUGUCGAUAGCGAACGUUACAACGAACCGCCGAAACAAAUAAAUACGAAUGGGAACGUAUUUUUAAUGUGAAAUAAAAGAAAUCGAAACAUACUUAAGACAUCAAACAUAUAUGAGAAGAAAUAACAACAACUGAUUUGUUUUGUGCAUUUAAUUGAACGUUACAAGUAAACCGGCGAUAAACGAUGGAAAAUGAUAAAAUCGCUCAUACGUAUCCAUCAAAUUAAGUCUAUCUCAUUCGCUGUGCAUUUUGCCAUUUAUUGAAAUGUUUCGGAAAACCAUGUAAAGGUGUCUCGUGUGUGAUUAGUGAAUCGUGUACAUUUUUACCGUCAUUUUUUAUCUUUGUUGAAUUAGUUUCGACUUGAAUUCGGUUUAUGGGUACACCCGCCCGCGAUACACAUGUGCAUGAUACACGUACUUUUGAUGAGUUUAUUUUUCCUUUGAAAAGUAAUCAUUUGAAUCGUUGCAAUACAAUAAUUUGUUAUUUAAGUUAUAGUGUUUAGGCGCCGCAAAAACAAAGUAAACGAUAAUAACGGACAGACAAAGAGAAAAGUUGUGUGACUGAUUUGUAUAGCGCGCACAAAUAAAACGUUUGUAAUUACACAAAAAGAAACCACAAUCAAUUACAAUCAUUUACGUUACGGUUAUAGUUCGAUGAGAAUUCAGUGAAAAAAAAAUUAUAAAUAUAAAAUGGUGACCUGUAAUUUUGAUUCGAUCAAGAAAAUGGAGCGACCACGACGAAACACAACCAGCAGUUCAAAUUCAUCGGGCUUUCGAUUGCUCGACGAUCAUUGUGACACGGUGUCGAGUGUCAGUCGAAAUUCCAUUUAUAAACUUAAAAUUGACGCCAUGUUUGACGAUACAAGAUCGGUGGUAAGUCAACGACUUGACGAUAUCAACCCAUCGAUAAGUCAACGACGCCGGUUAUCCUCAGCUGGUAGUAUCCGUGACAGCAGUGGCAUUCGUUGUCCACGCACAAAUAGUAUUCGUAGCAGUAGCAAUCGAGGCUCGUCGACAAACAUUCAUCGCGGUUCAAUUCGUGAAAGUUCCGGAAGAGGAACCAAUUCGAAUCGCUCAUCAGGACGUUUAUAUCGCCACGGGAAUCCAAUAAAUGUAACCCGAACCAUGACAACAACAACGACAACCACAACAGCGGCUAAUAUUAUUGAAUACGGUGUCGAAUGUGUGAAUAACAAAGUUCAAAAGCAAAUCGAACGCAUGUUUACUGAUGUGGCCAAAGAUGAAACCACUUGCAGUUUUGCCGUUCGUUGUUUGGGAUCGAUGCCUUUGCACUCAAAAGUCACUAGUUUAUUUGAGCUUCAAGAACCGUUACGUCAGCUGUAUAUAGCUGGGACUAGCCAUAAUAAUCAAAAUACCGGAUUUUUGGACAUUUGUGAAUCAGGCCUACGAAUUCGAAGUGGUUCCAAUGCAACCGAAUCACAGGUGACUCCAUUUCACAAUAUUGCCGUUUGGUCGGCCGUAAAAUUUGUGCUGAGUCAAUCGGAAGGUGCAGCCGCAUUUCUUCCAUUAAUUACAGAUCCAGAGAAUUUGGAUAAAAAAUCACUUUUUAAACCGCUUAGUCCAUCAGAUCGACGACGAUUAUCAUCUGGUUCGCAUGCGCCGAUUUUUACGGUUGUGAUGCGAUCGAAGCAACCAAACCAACAAUCUAAGCAGUUAGAAUGUCAUGCGUUUGUUUGUCAAACGCCAGAAAAUGCAAUCGUUAUUGCAGCGACUUUGUAUCAGUCGCUAUUGGCCCAUAUGAGCAGUAGUCAAACGGAGAAAAAUCGAAAGCCACGCAAUCAAAAUGGUGUUAGUUGUAUAAGUAUUGCCAGUAGUUCAGGUGCAAAUCGUUACGGCAGUUCACGUGCUUCACGAGCAUCGAUGGCAUCGUCCGGUAUUCGCAGUAAACCACCAACCAUUCCAUUACCACCACCGCCAAUUCCAUCGCCACGUUUGGCUCGAAUGCAAAUCCAAGCAAAUAGUAAACGAAUCGCAGAAAAUUCAAUGAGCAGCGACACCGACAAUAUUGUACGUAAUGCAUUGCUCGAAACCUCAUCAUCAAGCGAUCAACGUAAAAAACGUAGCUAUAAAACAAGACGAGCUCCACCAGUGCCAACACAAAAUGAAUAUAACAAUCGAGCUUCUGACUUGUAUAAAAUAUCAUCGUCAUAUCGAGUGCAACAGAUGAAUACACAAUCACAUCGUCAUCAUUAUCAAACGACCGAUCAACUUGGCGGUGAUAUCAUGACACGUGUUGCUAUUCCACGUUCCGGGAGCUUUUUGAAUACCAGCGGUUUAGCCAGAUACAAAUCGCGAGCAACAAGACGCGCCAAAUGCGGUGGCGGUGGAGGAUCACCACUUGGAUUUAGUGAACUGUUCAAUGAAUUCCGUUUACAGGAAAAUCUUCAUUCGCUCGAUGAUAUUCUGAAUGCCAUAAUAAAUUCAGAGGGAAUGUCAUUUAACGAUUUGAAACCGAUUUAUAAGGAAUUUUUGUUGAAAUUAGCGGUCACUCUGACAAAAGAUGAACUGUAUCAACGUUCAAAAAGCAUAAUGAGACGCCAAAAGAAGAAAUUAUUGCGACGCAACAAAGCCUAUCAAUAUCCACGAAAAACAUUCUUUUUUGGUUCAUAUGGAUUAAAACGUGUCUUUCGAUUCAGUAAGUAUUUUUUUCAGAAGAGAAAAAAGACCACCGCAGCAAGCUUGGAUGGAUUGGCAAAAAAGCGUGUAAUCAAUAGCAGCAGCACAAUUACAAAUAACCAUCAUCAUCAGCACAUCACCGAAAUCCACACGAAACAAAAUUAUAUAAAGAAACAUCGCAGUAAAGCGGUAACCAGUGGAUCAGAAUUGUCAGAAUCACACCAGUUUCAAAAUCGCAACAGUUCCAGUGGAUACGUUUCAUACUCGGAAUGCAGCUAUAAUUCGGACGAAUGCACCUGUUCAUCGGCCGAUCGUUGCUAUUGCAGUUUAGGUCCAGACAAAUUGAAAACAUCGCGUCGCACAAAAGAAAAUAAACGAUCAUCCACUUAUAUUAAAAAUACGGAUACGUUGAUUUCAUGUCAUUCAGAUGAUAAAUGCUAUUGCUCGUUGGAUGAUGGUGAUGGCACAGCUGACGAUGGCCUUUCAACGGCCACUUAUUGUGACACAGAGAGUUGCCACAGCACAACAAAAUGCUACUGUAAACAUCGUGUCCACCGACCAACGACCACAAAUGCAUCAGUUACGAAAAAAAUGAAUCGAACUUGUGUAACAGACAGUUUGGCCUUGGACUAUGAACUCUUUACCAUUGGAAAUGAUCGAAGUCAUCGAUAUGGUAGCUCAAAAUCACGUACUAACAAAAAUUCAAAGAACAUUCGAUCACAAGAAGCUUUGAGUGUCAAGAAAAGUGUUGAGAUGGCAGCAGUUUUCGCUGAUGUGAAGCUCAGUCAAACGACCGAUGUGAGGCGUCUGAACAGCGAUAUCACGUCAUCCGAAGAGGAACGGCUUGCUCGUAACAAUCGCCGAAAUAGCAUCAUUAGCAAUCGAAGUCAACAAAUGAAAAGACCUAAUUCGAUGUUCUCCAAGUCGAAUAACAUCAUUCCGAAUAUCAUCGAAGCCGCUGAACAGAAUCCAAUAUUCAGGAAAAAUACACAGAAAAUCAAUGAAAUGUAUCAAACAAUUACGCCAAAAGUGGUCGGUGCCACUUUGGAAGAUUCUUUGGGUUAUUUGCCAUGAAAACCACUAUCCAUUCCAAAUUGUUGAUUUAUUCUUAAUACAAUCUUUUGGGACACAAUUAACAAUAUUUUUUAUGGGAAAAAUGUUUACAUAAUUGUGCAGAGAAAAUUUUGUAUUUGGAAAGGAAUUAUCUUGGAAUACUUACUAUUCAUUUGAAAUAAAAAAAAAUUAAAUGUAAUGACACUGUUUUGCCAUUGAUGCAACAAUUUAUUAUAGAUAUUUGGAUUAUAUCCUAAUAGA